AUGCGCCUCGGCAGAACCUUCGACGAGGUGUCGCGCGACAUCACCGGCGACAACCUGGCCUUCAGCGAGGCGAUGCUGGCGUCCAGGCAGCCGGCCAAGAAGAUCCACGCCACCCCGGCCAACGAGGACUACACUGGCGAGCCCGACGACCAGCCAAAGGGGAAGGCCAAGGGGAAAGGCACCCGCCGGCGUCCCGGCAAGGCAAGCGCCAAAGGACCACCACAGGCAGGGACGGCCGGGACCAGGACUGGGAGGCGGACUGGCCCAACCGGCGGUGGACCAGAGACGACCGGGAUGACGACAACCGUCGCGGCGGCCGCUACCAGCAGACCGGCCGCAACGACGAGGACAGGCGUGGACAACGCCAGUGGCGCGGCCAGCAGCAGUGGCGCGGCCAGGGGAACGACCGCGGCGAGGAAGGCCGUCGCGGCGAUGAUCGGAAGAGGCGCCACCUUGGCUGUCAGACCGGCACUUCGCCGACGUAGAAAGCGGAUCGACUACAUCGUGCUCUCCUUGUUCGACGGCAUCGGCGCCGCACCCGCCAUUCUUGAGGACUUGUAUGGCGAGCCGGUUGCGGCGUUCUCUUGGGAGGUCGACCGGCUGUGCGUCAAGCUGGCGUCGGCGAGGCUGCCGUGGAUGACGAACCGAGGUGACCUCACUGCCGACUCGGCCCAGGCGGUGGCUGCCGCCAUUGAGAAAGCCGACCCCCAGGCCCGGGCGAUCAUCAUCGUCGCAGCGGCGCCUCCGUGCCAGGACUUCUCUCGAAUUGGGUCGGCAGCUGGCCACACUGGCGACAGAGGCGGCCUCUUCCUCAAGUCCGUCGACUUCGUGCACGACCUGGCGGGGCUCAUCGGCGACUGCCGCCUGGGCUUCCUCUUCGAGAACGUCGUGAUGGAGCCCAAGCCGUUCGUCGCCUGCGCGUCGGACUUUGGCUGGAUAUCGCGCCCGUGGAUGUCGCCGGCGGUGACGACCAUGUCGCUCGACCCGGCAGAGGGACGGCAGCUCCAGUGGGGCAAGCAGGGGUCGUUCCGGCCACUCAGGCUGGAGUCGUCACGGGCCCCGCCAAAGGACAUGGAAGCGGAUGGCCUUUUCUUCCAUGAGGCGGUGACGUCGGGCCGGCUACGGCUGCCGUGCGCCACCACACCGGCGGAGGAUGAACAGGGGCGACCGGCGCCCACGCGCGUCCGGCAGAAACUGCCCGAGCCGGCCAAGGCGAGAUGGGCGGCCGAUGGCCGACGCUUUGCUCCCUGGCACUACGUCGAGGAGGCGAUGAUGCACGAUUCCGCCGGCCGGUUGCACAUCAUCCCACCGGCGGCCAAGGAGAAGCUGCACAUGCUGCCCCCCGGCUAUACGGCGGCCGACUUCCUCGACGACCGGGCCCGGCACAAGAUGCUGGCCAACGGUUGGCAUUGGCGAGUGGCGCGUCGGCUGCUGGCCAUGCUGGUGGUGUUGACUGCGGCGGGCCCGGUGCAGGCGGCACCGGCCCCGGAACCCAGACGCUCCACGAUGCAGUGGAUGGUCGAGCAGUUUGGCGGCGGCCCGGUGCCCAUGGAGCCGCCGCCGCGCCUGCGACCGGACCUGGAACUGCCCGACGACGACCCGGAACUGCACUGGCGCCUGGCGGGCCAACUGGUACACUGCACCGUGGCACGCCGGCCGAACUUGGAGCCGGCGCUCGAACGGGUGCUGGAGCUGUGGACGCAUUGGCGCCACGAGGUCGCCCGGCUGCGACAGGAGGUGCUGGUCGAGCUGGCGCAGCUGGUCCUGGAUAUGCAGGGUACCACGGAGGAGUGGUUGGCGGCACGGUCGGCGCCCGUCAGGUCCACCUACACGGUGCCCGGCAAGGCCCGGCACACGCAGAUCCGCGUCGUGCUGCAUCUCCUGAGGAUGAUCGGCUACCCGGACGUGGCAGGCAUGACGGCGGACCUCACGGACGGCUUUGACAUGUUGGGCGAGCUUCGGCGUGGACCGGGCUGGAAGUUGCGAACGGACGGCCGAUACUCCAACCCGGCGUCGCUCGACACCUUGGCGUCGGUGAAGUGGAGCUAUGUCAGGGACCGCGCGUCGAGGCCCAGGACUGGCGAGUAUACUGAGAAACUCCUGGCGGAACUGGUGGACGAGACUCGACUUGGUCGUGUCGUUGGGCCCACCCGGCCCCCGGCGGGCUGGAGCGUCUCGACAGUCCCGUUGGUCGACGUGGCCGGCGCCGACCGGCUGGUACCACCACCACCAGGCAGGCACUUCGCGGCCGCGUC